AUGGCAACCGAAACUCGGCCUCUUGAAUCUAACCUCCAUGUGGACUAUGUGAUCCAGUACAGAUUCGGGGAUGCAGACCAAACACCCGCAAUUGAACAGCUCGAGAAGCUACUGGAAGCUCUCGCCAAAGUAGGAUUGCAAUCGGAGGUUCGGCAGGGCGAUGAGUCGUCUCUGCUGGUCUUUGUGCGCGCCUCGACCAAGCGGCUGAAGCGGGCGAUCUACCGGUCGCGCGUACGCGACUGGCUCUAUGGCAUCCGCAAUGCAGAACCGGAACCUGCCAGCUCAAUCGAGCCCUUGACCGAGGCGGAGCGACUGCGGGUGAUCAGCCAUAUGAUAACCUGCCCCCAGGAAGAGGGCGGCGCGGCAAUCACUCCCAACCAUGGCGACUGGAAGAAUGUCACGGCUAUCUUCCCUCUCCAUGACAAGGAAACUAACAAGAAGUGGAUGCGACAGUGGAGCCGCAAGACUUUGCUUUCGAAUGAUGACUUGAACCAGAUCCGCAACAAGUUUGGUGAAAGUGUCGGCUUUUAUUUCUCGUUCUUGCAGUCGUACUUUCGAUUCCUGGUCUUCCCGGCAGUGUUCGGCUUCUCUUGCUGGUUUUUCUUGGGCGGCUAUUCGAUUGUCUACACUGUGGUCAAUUGUCUUUGGUGCAUCAUCUUUGUUGAAUACUGGAAGCGUCAGGAGGUUGAUUUGAGCUGUCGGUGGCAGACCAAAGGCGUUUCAGCCGUUCAGACCAACAGACGGGAAUUCAAGCCCGAAAAAGAAGUUCGCGAUGAAAGCACCGGCGAAGUACGAGGUAUCUAUCCUGCGACUAAGCGCAUGCAGCGGCAGGUUCUUCAGAUCCCAUUCGCGCUGUUGGCGGCGAUCGCGCUAGGUGCCAUCAUCGCAACCUGCUUUGCGAUUGAGAUCUUCAUUUCGGAGCUGUACAAUGGCCCCUUCAAAACGUACUUGAUUUUCAUUCCAACAAUCCUCGUCUCGUCGCUCGUUCCGACCAUGAGCGCCGUGCUGAUGUCUAUUGCAACCAGACUGAAUGACUACGAAAACUAUGAGACGAGCGAUGCCUACGAUGUUGCCCUGACCCAGAAAGUCUUUGUCAUCAAUUUCAUCACAUCGUAUCUUCCGAUUUUCUUGACUGCCUUCGUUUAUGUGCCGUUCGCCAGCUUGAUUGUGCCUUACUUGGAUGUUUUUCGGUUGACUGUCCGGCCAUUUGUGUCGAAAGAGCACGCGGUGUCGAAACAGUCGCAUUUCCAAAUCGACCCGGCACGUCUGCGAAACCAAGUCAUCUACUUUACUGUGACGGCUCAGAUUGUGGGGUUUGCCAUGGAAACCAUCGUGCCGUAUCUGAAGCAGCAUGCACUCCGGAAAUACAAGGCGUUCAACAAGGCGCGCAAUGGAAAACCAGAGCCCAAUGGCGGCAAUGGUGACAAAGAAUCCCCGGAGAGAGCGCCUGCAGUGUCAUAUGAUGAUCCGCCCGAGGAGGCCAAGUUCCUUGCGCGUGUGCGCAACGAAGCCGAACUGUCCGAAUACGACGUGACUGACGACCUGCGCGAAAUGUGCAUCCAGUUUGGGUAUCUGGCGCUCUUCUCGCCGACCUGGCCGCUUGUCCCGGUUUCCUUCCUGAUUAACAACUGGGUUGAAUUGCGAUCCGAUUUUUUCAAGAUCUGCAUGGAGUGCCGAAGGCCAUCCCCGCUGCGGUCUGACACGAUUGGCCCCUGGCUUGAUAGUCUCAGCUUCCUGUCUUGGGUUGGAAGCAUCACCAGCGCUGCGCUCGUGUACAUGUUCAGCGGCAAUGCACAACACGGCCCCAACGGCGAGCCCACUGACAUCAAGGGCUGGGCUCUACUGUUGACCAUAUUCUUCUCGGAGCAUCUUUACCUGAUUGUCCGUUAUGCCGUGCAAGCUGCCAUGACUCGACUCGAGCCCCCGAACUCGCGCAGGGAACGUGCUGAGCGCUAUCUCAUGCGCAAGCGCUACCUUGACUCGACGCUUCGGGCCGAAACGGGUGACGAUGAUGAGAAGGAUGAAGGGCUAAUGGAGUCUCCUGAGAUCUCACGUACUUCUCUGGAAGAGGACGCGAGGCGGGCGUCUUUGCAAGGCACCGAUUCUACGGAGCGCUUCUGGAUGCGCCAGCGCGGCUGGGCUGAAUCGGCCAAGGUGGGUGCUGGCAUUAUCCAGGCGCAGCCUGCCAAUGACAAUGUGAAGAAAGAGCAGUAG